AUGGAAAGGUUUCUGCGCUCCUGGCGGCAGGAUGCAUUGAACCGUGGCCAGCAUGAUUCUGCAAUCUACAUUGGCGACAAGGUGCUAGCGCUCACCAACAGUGACUCCGACGCGUUCUGGUUGGCCCAAGUACACUUCUCCAACAACAACUUUACACGUGCCCUAGCCCUUCUAUCUCGCAAGGACCUUGUUUCCCGGAGCACUGCCUGCCGCUAUCUUGCUGCCCAUUCCUAUAUCAAACAGAACCAAUUCGAACAAGCCCUGAUCAUUCUCGGCGAACAUAAUCCCACAGAUCUGAUCCGCAAUAAUCAUACCCGACGCAAGAUUCAACAUCAAAGCCACGUCACAUUGCGCAAUGGCAAGAGCGCGACCCCGCGCAGUGAUCGGGCGGAAGAGCGCGAACGAGAUGAUGCCAACAAUGUGCGAUUUGAAGCGGCCAUGUGUUAUCUUAGAGGUCUCUGUUUCGCAAAGCAGAAUGCUUUCGAUCGCGCCCGGGACUGCUACAAGGAUGCCGUGAGGAUUGAUGUGCAAUGCUUUGAGGCAUUUGACCAGCUCAUGAAGAACUCAUUGAUGUCACCCGCCGAAGAGCUGGAAUUCUUGGAAUCUCUAGAUUUUGAUUCCGUCUCCUCUCCCGAUCCCAUGAUGGCACAAGAGGCCGCCCACUUCACAAAGAUGCUUUACACGACCCGCCUAUCGAAAUACUCCUCUCCGAUCGUCCUCUCCGACGCCACUGAGACCCUCUCAACACAUUAUAAUCUUGCUGAAAACGCGGACAUCCUCCUCUCCCGCGCUGAAGCUCUGUACACACAAUGUCGGUUUGCAGAAGCUCUGGAGCUGACCUCCUCUAUCCUCUCCACAUCUCAAUCGACCGACCUCACCAACACAAACGCCAGCAUACCAGCGCAGAACCAUCUUGGCCAUGCUCCGGCUAUCUACCCGCUCCACUUGGCAUGUCUGUAUGAGACGGGUGCGACAAAUGCACUCUUCUUGCUCUCCCAUAUGCUCGCAGACCACUCACCGGAGGAACCAUAUACCUAUCUGGCCAUUGGAGUAUACUAUCUAUCAGUUUCAAAGGUUGCCGAGGCUCGGAGAUUCUUUUCGAAGGCUUCACUAUUAGAUCCACAUUCAGCACCGGCGUGGAUUGGAUUUGCGCACACCUUCGCCGCAGAAGGCGAGCACGACCAAGCGAUUGCAGCGUAUAGUACGGCCGCUCGGCUUUUCCAGGGCAGUCAUCUCCCCCAGCUUUUUUUGGGAAUGCAACAUCUUGCGCUCAACAACAUGGCUUUGGCGCACGAGUAUCUAUGUGCAGCCUACUCUAUGUCGACCGGAGCAGCACCAGGCUCCGUGCCAGCACUCCCACCUAAUCCAUCCUCGGCCGUUUCACCCGUCGGCGGGGACCCGCUUGUUCUCAAUGAGCUUGGUGUGGUAUUGUAUCAUCAAAACCAGCUCGCUGGUGCGAUAGAAUUGUUCCAGCAAGCUUUGACGCUCGCCACCACUCUCCAUUGUGAACCUAGUGCCUGGGUAGCCACACGUGCAAACCUGGGCCACGCGUUCCGUCGGAUGGGACGCCUGCCCGAGGCCCUCCGUGAGUUUGACGAGUGUCUACGUGUUGGUGCAGGGGGUAGUAGCAUGGGCUACUCACCAUUCUUGGGCGGCGGUGCAGGUGGCUCUAACGCUGUUACAGCAUCGGGAGUUGGAGGAUACGAAGAUCGAGGAUUGACUGGUUCCCUUCACACAUCUCGUGGCUUGGUUUUACUCGAAAUGGGACGCACUACAGAUGCUGUUACGACUCUACACGAGGCUGUUCGUGUCCUUGGAGCCAGUGGCGGAGGCGAUGCAGCAGGUGGUGCCGGCGUGGCGGGUACAUUACUUUCACGAGCCCUCGAGCUUUGGGCGCUCGAAGGACGUCAGAAUGACCGGGCCGCGUUCGAAGAGAGUAUGCGAGAAUCGAGCGUGUCAUCAUCCAAGCGCCGAGGAUUGAACCGAACCCAUGAAUCCAAGGGUAAAGAGCGACUGGCUACAGUGGAUACGUCCCGACGGCACAGACGCCAAGAACCCUCCGUAGAAGAAUGGACAGACGAUGUACCCCAGGUCUCUACACCGCAAGCCGAAGAAGACAAGAUCGAGAUGGAUUUGGACACUGAAGCUGACGGACUUCUUCGACGAGCUCUUGGCCGUGUACGACCCGGACGACAACGCCGCCCACCUGCAACACCAGACAUGGAUACGGAGACACCGGCUCCUUCUAGUGGCCGUAGUCGGGGAACACGGCAUGCACGGAGUCAGUCCCGACAAUAA